AUGGCUGCCAUCGGUUGCAGCAGCAGGCGAUGGGGCGGAGACGCAGCAGAGGAUCAUGGCGGCGCACGCAGCAGCAGCCGUGGCAUCGCAAACCCGUACGCAGCCUACAGCAUAACGGCAUUCUCCAUACAGCAGCCUUCCAGCAGGCCUGACAGCAAGGGUCUCCUACAGGUGGCAGCAGCAGCAGCGACGGCGGCGGCGGCGGCAGCAGACGCCACGCAACCCGCCAGCCAACCCACGCAGUCACCUCCACAGGUGGCGCCAGUGCAGCCUGCUGCCACCUUCACCACGUUCCAGGCUCCCGUCUCCACGGCAACCGUGCGGCCGGCGCAGCUGCAGCCCGGUCGCCAUGACGACGCCGCGGGUCACUCGCGACAAUCGUCGAUCCAGUCGAACAGUUCGUCGUCGUCGACGAUAACGAGCGGCGGCGUCGCCUCGGUGGCUCCCCCUCGCGGCGGCGGAGCGCGCAGGCCGACGACGGGGGAGCUGGCUCGUGCGCUAAAAACAAGAGAGCGUGCGAAGCACCGCAGCCUCCCGUCAGCUGACUACGGUGGCGCGACCAACCAGAGCUUGCCCGACCUACGGGUGGCGGCGGCCGCAGACGGGAGAUCGCUGACAGCAGGGGGCGCCGCUGCGCUCCCACACUCGCUCUCCGCCGGCAGCCUGCGCGACCUGAGCGACACGGCGGCGGACGUUCGCUUGUCGCCGCAGCAGGGCAUCGUGGGACCGCGCUCGGCGAGCGUCCGCGAUGUCGAGCCGACGGGGACGGGAACGCCCCCUGGUGGCGAUGGCGAGAGUCUCGCGAGUCGCAUCAACAGCAUCGACGUCGACGCGACGGACGCGUACGGUGGCUCCCCCGAGGGGACGUACAGCGUGCGAUACGGGACGACGGUGCGCGAGGGAGAGGGCGCCGCGGCGGCGGCGGCGGAGGAAGACGGUGGCGCCACCUCGCGGGAGGCGGAGAAGCAGCUGCAGCUUCUCUUCACGAGUCGGCUGCGCGAGCGAGAGAUGCUCGCCCGCCAGCGCGCCGAGAUGUCCCGCUGCAAGAUGGCGCCACCGUCGCACGCGCACCGCGACGCCGGCGACACCUGCUGUGUGAGUUCUGAACCCUGCGCGAUGAACGGACGCGACGACGCGUCGAAACAAGAGCGCGUCUUUCGCGACGACGCCGACGCGGACGAGGACGAGCCGCGCGUGAACGUGCGCGAGAUGGCGGCAAUAUUCGAGCGCUCGAAACAAGCGAACAUCUGCGGCAGGGGCGCCGCCGCCGAGCGGCUCGAGGCGACGGACGCCGCCGUGAAGCGCGUCGCGAACUACUGCACGUUGCCGCGGCAACGCGACAAGCCGACGCCGCCCUCCUCCUCCUCCUCCUCCGCGCGCCGCGUGACAUUCUCCGACCAGGUGGCGCUGUGUUCGGACAGCGACGCGGACUCGGUGACGUCGGCGCCGGCCGCGGCUGGAGCGCGGCCGAAACCCGCGCUGAAGACGUCGCGCCGGCUGGUAGGUGGCGCCGGCGGAGGCAUUGACCCGCAGCAGGAGGACGCCACGCGGCCGCUCUACUCCUACCCCGGCGCCCCCUGGAAUCCCCGCCCGUCUGCAGACGAGUUCCAGUACACCCUGUCCGGAACCGGUCACUACCGCAACGGCCGCGCGGUCGAGGUGGUUGCCGCGGCAACGACCCGACCCCUCGCGCCGCUGCCGACCGAAGGUCAGAGGUCAGAAGGUUUCCGCGGAGCCCGCGUGCCAGCGGACGUCGUCCGAUACAGCAUCCACGCGCCGCCAGCAGGUGGCGCUGCCUCCGCCGUGAACGGCGCGUUGAACCAGAGCUACGACAGCGCGGGCGUGCACGUGCCGCGUUGCCACGGCAACGAGCCGGCGGCGCCGCCCGACGGCCAGCACGAGAGCGGAUGCUCGACGCUGCCGCGCAAGGGGGCGCCGGCGUACGCGGCGGGUUACCGCGACGACGACGACGCCGACGGUGGCGACCUCUACAUCGACCGCAAGGCGGCGAUCCGGCGCCGCUACCAGGGGGAGCUGCGCGUCGACAUUCCGGACGCGGUCGUCGCGGCGACGAAGCGCGACUCCGGCUACCGCAGCGGCGACCGCAACAGCACCGGCAGCACCAGCUCCUCGACGGAGUCCCCCCCGGGAACGGACCUCCCCCUCCCCCCCGGGACCGGCCACGCCCACUCGAUGACCGCGCUCAUGCAGUGGUACGUCCAGCGCAGCAGCGGUCCCGUCGAGCCGCGGCGACUCGCCGAGGCGGCGCCGCCAGGGGGCGCCGGCGCGCCCGUGCGCGCGAUCCACUACAAUUUUGUCGACUCGCGGCUGCACGGCAGCGCGGAGAGUUUCGCGAGUCUGUCGAGCGGCGGCGGUGGCGCCGUGCGGUGUCGCGCGGAGGACGCCAACUCGCUGACGUCGCUCGAGAAACGUAAGAACUCAACGGACUAA